ACCUCUCGCCCUUCCUCCGCGUGAACCACACUAGCUCAGUUCACUCUACUCCACCGAGCUGCUGCGGCUGAGCAGCUGGUCCAGUGAGCUUAAGACCACACACGGGCUGGGGAUAUCCAGCUCGCGGUAGCCACCACCACACCGAGCGCGCGUCCGUACGUCUCGGCCAUGCUGCCGUCUUUCUCACCGGCGGCCACUGCGGUGGCGACGCCGCCGCCGAAGCCGAUCCCGGGCGGCUACGGCGCGCCCGUGCUGGGACCGCUCCGGGACCGGCUGGACUACUUCUGGUUCCAGGGCCCCGAGGAGUUCUUCCGGCGGCGCGCCGCGCAGUACCGGAGCACGGUGUUCCGCGCAAACAUCCCGCCCACGUUCCCCUUCUUCGUCGGCGUGAACCCUCGCGUGGUCGCCAUCGUGGACACCGCCGCCUUCACGGCGCUGUUCGACCCGGAGCUGGUGGACAAGCGCGACUGCCUCAUCGGGCCGUACAACCCCAGCGACUCCUUCACGGGCGGCACCCGCGUGGGCGUGUACCUGGACACGGAGGAGCCGGAGCACGAGCGCACCAAGGCCUUCGCCAUGGACCUCCUCCGCCGCAGCUCCCGCGUGUGGGCGCCCGAGUUCCUCGAGGGCGUCGACGACAUGCUCGCCGCCAUCGAGUCCGACCUCGCCGCCGGCAAGGAGGGCGGCGCCAGCUUCCUGGUGCCGCUGCAGAAGUGCAUCUUCCGGUUCCUGUGCAGGGCGGUGGCCAGCGCCGACCCGGCCGCCGAGGACCUCGUCGACCGGUACGGGCUCUUCAUCCUGGACGUCUGGCUGGGGCUGCAGCUGGUGCCGACGCAGAAGAUCGGCGCCAUCCCGCAGCCGCUGGAGGAGCUCCUCCUCCACUCCUUCCCCUUCCCCUCCAUCCUCGUCAAGCCGGGGUACGACCUGCUGUACCGCUUCGUGGAGAAGCACGGCGCCGCGUCCGUGGCCGUCGGCGUCAAGGACCACGGCAUGUCCGACAAGGACGCCAUCAACAACAUCCUCUUCCUGCUCGGCUUCAACGCCUUCGGGGGCUUCUCGGUCUUCCUCCCCUUCCUCAUCCUGCAGGCCGGCAAGGACGCCGCGCUCCGCGCCAAGCUCCGCGACGAGGUGCGCGCCGCCCUGGAGCGGCACGCCGGCGAGGUCGGGUUCGCGUCCGUGCGGGCGAUGCCGCUGGUGCGCUCCACGGUGUACGAGGUGCUCCGGAUGAACCCGCCCGUGCCGCUGCAGUUCGGGCGCGCGCGCCGGGACUUCGUGCUGCGCUCCCACGGCGGGGAGGGCUUCUCCGUCGCCGCCGGGGAGAUGCUGUGCGGGUACCAGCCGCUGGCGAUGCGCGACCCGGCGGUGUUCGACCGGCCGGACGAGUUCGUGGCGGACAGGUUCGUCGGGGCGGAGGGCGAGGCGCUGCUGCGGUACGUGUACUGGUCCAACGGGCCGGAGACCGGGGAGCCGACGAAGGGCAACAAGCAGUGCGCCGCCAAGGACGUGGUCGUCGCCACCGCCUGCAUGCUCGUCGCCGAGCUCUUCCGCCGCUACGACGACUUCGAGUGCGACGGCACCUCCUUCACCAGCCUCCAGAAGCGGCAGCCCAGCUGAAAAUCACCGCGUACGUACGUGCGUACAUUUAGGAAAUUAAUUAAUUAGCAACCAUUUUUUUUCACUCGCUCUGCUUCUGUUGAUGAUCGAUCUCAAGUGUCAGAUGAGCUGGUAAAUAGAAAAAAAAGAAAAACAAGUUCUCUUGCUCUACUGUUACUUUGUAAGAAUUUCGUGGUGGUAAUUAAAUAAAAUCGCAGAGGAUAUCUUGUGCUGUACCAGUGGCUGUUCGUCACGUACUGUACCGGCCAAGUACGCCUGUAUUUUCAGAUUA